CCGGUAGUCAUGCGCUAAUCCGGUAUUUAAGGUCGUCGGUUCAGUGGUUUUGGGGGGGAAACAGAAGUGGAGUCUUGCGUGGGUGCAUGGAAGGUGGAGGUUUACACCCACUCAUUUGGCAGAGAAGAAAUAACUUCUGAUGUGAAGUGAUGCAAGUGUAUUUUGGGGGAAAAUAAUUAGUUCAGGUUUGUACUCGAAGUCAGUCAGUAAAAACAGACUCGAAACCAGCCGUGCGUAAAACUUUGGCAGCGACUUUUCUUUUUUGGAUAAUGUGGCAGUUCUGCUUUUUGGUGAUUGUGGGCGCGGUGGUUGUGAGCGCUCAGUUUCCCAGAGAGUGUGUGACUCCAGAGGGUCUCAGGAGUGGACAGUGCUGCCCGUCGCCUUCUGGACUGCCUAAUGACCCGUGUGGCUCCAGCACCGGGCGUGGACAGUGUGUGUCGGUGGCGGUGGACACACAGCCGCAUGGGCCUCAGUACCCGCACGACGGACGGGAUGAUCGGGAACGAUGGCCCAGCCGUUUUUUCAGCCGUACCUGUCAGUGUAACGGAAACUUCAGUGGUCAUAACUGCGGCCGCUGUAAACACGGAUUGACCGGGCCCAACUGUGACCAAAGAGUUCCUGUUGUGAGAAGAAACGUGAUGCAGCUCAGCGCGGAGGAAAAACGUGCGUUCGUGAACGCAUUGGACCAGGCCAAGCGCACGGUGCACCCCGAUCUGGUAAUCGCAACGCGGCACUAUCCGGGCAUCUUUGGCCCUGACGGGAACACCACGCAGUUUGAAAACGUCUCCAUCUACAAUUACUUCGUUUGGUCCCACUAUUACUCCGUCAGCAAGACCUUCCUGGGCGCGGGGCAGGCCAGUUUUGGGGGCGUGGAUUUUUCGCACGAGGGCCCCGGUUUCCUGACCUGGCACAGGUACCACCUGCUCCAGCUGGAGCGAGACAUGCAGGACAUGCUGCAAAACCCUUCCUUCGCCCUGCCCUACUGGAACUUUGCUAUCGGGGGAAACACAUGUGACAUCUGCACAGAUGACCUGAUGGGAGCCAGGAGCAAUUUUGACAUGAACUCUCUGAGUUCUAACUCCAUCUUUUCCCAGUGGAGAGUCGUCUGUGAGAGCGUGGAGGACUACGACACGCUGGGAACCAUCUGCAACAGCACCGAGUCUUCUCCCAUUAGAAGAAACCCGGCAGGAAAUGUGAACAGGCCUAUGGUCCAGCGUCUCCCGGAGCCCCAGGACGUGGCAGACUGCCUGCAGGUCAACACUUUUGACACGCCGCCAUUUUUCUCCACCUCCUCUGAAAGCUUCAGGAACACCAUUGAAGGCUACAGCGCCCCCAAGGGGAACUACGACCCUAUAGUGAGGAGCCUCCACAAUCUGGCUCAUUUGUUCCUGAACGGGACAGGAGGACAGACUCACCUCUCCCCGAACGACCCCAUCUUCGUCCUGCUCCACACCUUUACCGACGCAAUAUUUGAUGAAUGGUUGAGGAGGCACAGCCCAGAUGCGGCUGUGUACCCAGAACAAGAUGCUCCCAUCGGUCACAACAGGCGCUACAACAUGGUGCCCUUCUGGCCUCCGGUGACCAACUCGGAGAUGUUUGUGACCGCCCCUGAAAACCUCGGUUACUCUUACCAAGCCGAAUGGCCAGGUGAAAAUUUCACCCUGAGCGAAAUCAUAACCAUGGCCAUAGUCGCUGCCCUUAUGAUCGUCGCGGUCGUUUUCGCUCUCACCACGUGUGCUGUGCGUGCCCGGUCUCACAGGAAGGAGGGCCACCAGCCUCUGCUCGGGGAUCAGUACCAGCGCUACGAUGAUGAGAAAAGCCAAUCUGUUGUAUAAACUCUCUCUCACACACACAAGCCCCACUUUAAAGCGCCUCUUUGUCUCACAGUGACACGCUUGUGUGGUUUGUUAAAGUCUGAAUCUGUUCUCACUAGAACAUAAAAUCAUCUCUUUUGUUGCUGCAUUUGUGCGUCUAUAUUUACAAAUAGUGCAGAUGUAAAUAUUGACUUUUACAUUUCCUACUUACUGAAGACUUUUUAUAAUAAAAAGGCCCUGAAAUAGACUUUCACCCCGUCUCUGCCCAGCGUCACCCCUCCAGGACCCUGAAUUUGAUCAGUGGUUAAAAAAAGGCCUUAAAUCAGGAAUUGCAUAUCAAGAUCAGCUGACUUCUAAGUUCAGUGUUUGCUGAGUCACUUAACAAAAAGGGGGCACGCCUGAAAGGAAUGUGCCAGUGAGCGUUUUACAUCCAUUUAAAGUAAUGAAGGAAGUAAUACUUCCUGAACAUGACUAUCGUUUUACUAACUGCAUACUCUACAUCAUCCCCUGAGUUUAUCUGACUUCUUAGGUUCGCUUGGUUCAGUUGCACAAUACCAGAAAAGGUAUAUUUCAUCAAAGUGCCCAUGCAAUUAAGCCAUGUUACCCACAAGGGGGUGCUGUAGUUUAAUUUCUAGAACUCUGCAGGACCUACUGAACGUUCAAUAGAUAGAUAUGCUUUUUUAUGAUGUGUUAAGUUACUGUUUCACCUGACUUGAAAUGUUGCUAAUAAACGAAGAAGUAGAAGGAAAAUAAAGCAGAGUGGUGAUUUAGAUCAAAUGUAAAA